UGUACCCAGUCCCUCAGCCAUGUCCAUGAUCAUGCUGUGUCUGCUGUGUGCCGUGGCAAUGAUGGUCCAGACUGCCUCUGCGGCCCCCGUAGGCAACAUGAAGCCAGCGGAGAAUGAGGAGCUGACCCUGCUCUUCCACGGGGCCCUGCAGCUGGGCCAGGCCCUCAACAGUGCAUACAGGAGCACAGAGGCACGGCUGAUGGAGGCCAGGCAUAGCGUAGACCUCUACGGCCGUGCACUGGGGCUUCUGGGGCAAGAGGUCAGCCAGGGCUGGGAUGCAGCCCAGGAGCUACGCACAAGCUUGUUGGAGAUCCAGACAGAAGAAGAUGCUCUAAAGCUGCAAGGAGAAGCCACGGCCCAUGCGCUGGGGGAGGUGGCCCAGGGACAGCAGGUGCUUCAGGACAGCAUGCAGCAGCUAGAAGUCCAGCUGAGAGGCGCUUGGCUAGGCCAUGCCCGCCAAGAAUUUGAGGCCUUAAAGGCUUACGCUGACGAGCAGAGCCACAUUGUGUGGGCCCUCACGGGCCACGUGCAGCGACAGAGGCAGGAGAUGGAGGCGCAGGAAUACCGGCUACGACAGAUCCAGGAGAGCAGCGCUCCCAGCCUGAGCCCGCCUGGAGGAACUGAGGACCAGCCAUGCACCAAGGGACGCUUCCACGCCCAUGCAGCCCCUGCACGUGGAGGAGAUGCCUGUCCACUAGGGUUGGCCAGGCCGCGGGGCCCCGCUUCCGGCCAUGAAGCAGAGACAGAAGCAGGCGGGGACGCUGGCAGAGGACAUGGCCCCGUCGAGGAGGGGUGAAAGAAGAACAUGUGCCUCUUCAUGCCUAUACAACCCCCAAUAAAGCAAGCAGUGGCAUCUUA